CCGUAAUUUUCAUUAUCAAACAAAACACGCAAUAAACUGAUCGAAUUCCAACUUGUCUGGUUUCGUUGCGAUAACUCUAGGAAAUUUAUAUUUAAUGUCAAUCAUUACUUAUUACAUUAGACGGAAAAACUAGUUUUUCCUCUGAAAUACAACAAUCCGUCAUUGCGAAUAAAUUAGCCUAACCAGGAAGACGAUACUUUUAUCGCAAGAGUGAAAAAAUAUCAUUGAUAUAACAAUCUGGUUCUAUAAAUGACAAUAUAAUAUAUUCAGCCAACCAAUAACUGUCACAGUUUAUGCAUACGUAGGUACAGCGACAGCGUAUCGUUUAGAUAAGAUAAGAUACUAAUUGUUCUGUGAUGCAAGUGAAAAAAUAUCGAGCGUACACGGUUGUAAAUUUUGUCAGAGAAGUGAGUGAAAAAUUGUGCCCAAAGCGCAGGGAUGAGUGGUAAAGUUCGGGAAGGUAAAGUGAAAUAUGGAACGAUCCACGAGUAAUGUGUACUCGUCAACCCUUUCAGUUGGAUUAAACAGGAUAGGCGAUGUAGAUCACGGUAUUUUGGAUAGGCGACCCAUUGUUGCCAAGCUUGGAAUCGGAUUGGUAGAGUUUUUGACUUCUGCCACCUUUUUCUCAUACGGAGUCUUCAUAUCUCAUGGAAUAAUCGAAAAACAAUACCCCCUGGAAAGCUGUAUAUGGACAACUGUGCUAUUUUGGACGGCAUGGCACGUAACAGUAUGUGUCAACAGCUUUUAGGAGAGCACUAGUGUUUGUCGAUUACUCCAAGCAAUGUAUUACCAUGUUGAAAAAUAAGUCACAGUUUCUUUUUCCACCUUGCGUGUGAAAAGGACAUCCUGGAUAUUAUCAGGGAUUUGAAACUAUCUGACUCUGUUGGUGAGGAUAGUAUUAGCACAAGCGUUGUCAAGAAAUGUGCCCACCUGAUUGCUGGAGUAUUUGUUUACUUGGUGAACUGUUCUUUGGAGGAGCUCCCUGGUCCAGAGCUGUUAGUGAAUACGUAGAGAACUACCACGACAAUUUAUUCCAACUGGUCAUAGGGGCAGCGACAUUAUGCUUAUUUGUUGCUGUUGUCUUGCCGUGGCAUCAACUAGGAUUUGGUAUAUUAGGAGGAAUGCUAUGCAACCUGAUAUCAACCCAACUUCACUACAUAGCAACAGAAAAAUUCGACACAAAUCCAAAGCUCCAUGAAGGGAAUGCUCAACUAGGCCGAGCUCUCGGGCUACUGUUAAUCCCUCAUCUAGUCCUUAUGCUCCUAGAAAGCUAUACAGUUAUGCAGGCACAGCUGCUUUUUGCUUCCAUGUUACUCAAUAUUAUUCCUGCAACGCUGAUCAUUGUCAUUCCCAUAGGGACAAAGUUUAAGUUCAAAGAGAUGUCAAGAUACAGCACCUUGCCUGCUUUGUCUUAUCAAAUGAAGGAGAUGAUGUCAUUCAACUAUACGUCAGAAUCUGAUGCUCAAUCUGACGAUGUCACGGAACCAGAGGCUCCAGAACAACUUUCUCAAGAAGCUGUAGUGGAUAUCCAGCCGCACUUACAAACCCUGACACCGCUCAAUGUGCAGACGUAUUACAGUAACGCAGGAGUCAGCAUCCUGCCAGAAAUUCCUGAAGAGGAGGAGGAUGAUAUCAACACAAUCAGCGCCAAAAGACUGAGUGUCAUCAGUACAAGGCUAGAGGCUAUUAAUCAGAAAGACAGACGAGACAGUAUUAGGGAGGUGUUCAAUAUAAAUGACCUGAUGAACAAAAUGCCUACAACAACUGAAGAGGUCAAAACGAUUGAAUACAUCCAGAACUACAAAAACGAAAACAAAUUCAUAGAGAUAAAGCUGAUUAAGUCCAGAAACUGGUGUUGUCAGCCAUACAAACUGUUCGUCUGGAAGAGAAGGCUUAGGCGUUUCAAUGACUUUCUCAUUGAUAAUUUUAGGAAGCCGUUGAUGUAUUCGUUGAAGGAUCCAUAUUUUUAUCCAACAGUGAUCUCAAAAGGAUCUCUGACAUUUGUGUCAGCUGCAUUCAUAGCUAUAGCACCGUAUUUGGCGUUAACGAAGAACAACUUUAGGAUGGAAGAUACGCCGUGGGUGUUGUCCUACAUAGCAUUCACCUGGUGUUUGUUCCUGUUAGUUCUGCCACUGAUAAGUUCGUUUUCGAAUGGCCGACUGCGAAUUCUGUUCGUCAUGGGCCUCUUCAUGACUGCAUGUAGUAUGCUAAUUCUGACGAAGUUGCGACCAAAAAACGACCUAACAAUACUCAGUUGCCUGAUGUUCGGUUUGGGCUUCGGCAUAAUAAGCUACACAGAGGCCGUCAUCCACAGAUGGUUUAUCGGAGCCAGAAAAUGGACAAUGAUUAAAGGAGCAGUGGAUACGCUCUCGGCGUUUCUUGUGAUAUUAAUUUAUUUUAUAAUUGUCUUAUACAAAGUAGAUGUACUUAACAAUAUUGCUUACAUAGCACUUGUCGUAUAUUUGUGUAAUUGCAUCUUUUGGAGCGUGGCUCCAGUUCUUGUCUUAUUCGUGGGGUACCUUAAGAGACCUCACUAGAAAUCGAGAUACGUUUGUGUGAUGCUUAUUUAUUGUGCCAAUAUAAAUGUGUAUUAUUUUCAGAUA